AUGGCCUUCAACUUCAACUGGUCGCCGCUCGCGGCCGACGCGCAAUUCUACAACCGAGCCAAAGACCUGCUCACAAGGGCCCUCAACAAGUCCCCGAAGCCUCCCAUCAUCGUUGAUGAUAUCCUCGUCUCCGACUUCCACCUGGGCUCUACGCCCCCCGACCUCGAGAUCCUCGAGAUUGGCGACCUCGCCGAGGAUAGGUUCCGCGGUAUUUUCAAGAUGUGCUACUCCGGCGAUGCCGCUGUGACGCUCAAGACGCGUGUUCAGGCAAACCCAAUGAACACUUACCUCAACUGCACGCCGUCCUUUACGUCACCGCAACCGCUAGCCGCAUCCGACGGACUCACGAUACCUCUGUCCAUAACGUUAUCGCAUAUUCGCCUGUCCGCCUUCAUCAUCGUAGUCUACUCGAAACACAAGGGCGUCACCAUUGUCUUCCGCAAUGACCCCCUCGAAUCCCUCAAGGUCUCGUCGACCUUUGACUCGAUCCAGUUUGUGCGCGAUUACCUGCAACGCACCAUUGAGAACCAGCUCCGGAACCUGAUGAUGGAAGAGCUGCCGAGCAUAAUCCACCGAUUUUCCCUCCAGGUCCUAUGCCAUCGCCUGCCGCGUGAUGACAAGGACGACGGCGAGGGUGUCAUUGACCCACUUGCGAGCCCGCCCCUCGAUCCCGUCGAUUCGGCUGGCAACUUACUCGACCCGAGCCAGAUCUCCGAGCUUAACCUCACCGAUAGCGAAGAGGUUCAGUUCCAAUUCCGCUCGCUCUUCUCGAACUUGAACUUGAUGCGCCUCACCGAGGUUGCCACCGCCCACAGCUUCCUCUCGACUUUUACCCCCGGUCUUAAGGAUAUUCAACUCCGCGCGACGGAUUCUGACCUCUCGGACACUAGCGGAAGCUCGACGCCUCGAUCUCCUCGAUCUCCUAGCCCCGGCCACGCCAAGACGUACUCGUUCAACCCCACGUCGACCUCGUAUACGUACUCCGACUCGGGAAGCUCCUCCAAUGGACAGAUCCCCUCGCGCCCUUCGUUGGUCAACUUCAACUCGGCCACCACCGGGCUGGCAUUGGGAUCUGGCAGGUCUCGCUCGUCAUACACCGCGCGGAAAAGGAAACAUCGGGUUGUCAAUCUCAGGAAGUCCAAGUCCGAGAGCGGAUCGGAAGCUUCUAGCGAGGCGGGCGAUUCUAGUAUGGAUAACGCCUCGGCCGUCACGGAAACCGCUUCCGAGCCUCUCAUGACUAGCAGCAUUCCCGAGGAACCCGAGGAGGAGAUUGCGGCGCCCGCCGUGCCUCCCACUGCCUCUAUCAAGAAGACCCGCUUCGAGGAUACUGCGGAGAAGAAGAGGUCCAGGAUGCCGACUCGUUCGCCUCUCACAUCCGAUCUGUUUAGCAAGCCCGAGGAGGCUGCCCCGUCCGCAAACGUCGCGCCGAUUGUCGCCGACGAGAAGCCCGCUGCCAAGCCUGCUUCUCCUGCUGCCAGCUCUUCGCGUGCCACCAAACCCGAGAAGCGACCUCAGACCGAACAAACUUCGCCCGCUUUUGAUGCACCAUCCAUCAUCCUCGAGCAAGCCUGGAUCAUGAAGAUGGCCGGAGAGAUCGCCCGCCGCGUGUACGAUGAGAAGAGCCGCCGGGAAGCCCUUUGGGACGACAGGGAGGAUGUUCCCCCUCCUUACGAAGCCGCCUCUAGGUAG